UGGGGGUCAUGAGGAGGCCUGAACAGACCGGAUCAGGCUGAGCCCCCCCGUCCUCUGUCUGCAGGACCGAGCAGAGACCACCUUCCUCCCAGAAGCCCGUCAGACAGACCCGAUCUGCAGGAGUCUGAAGAUCAGCUGGCUGCUGCAUGUGCCUGUUCCACCUGUGAGUCCCAGGGCCGGUGCAGGGGGGCCGGCCCCCGCCUCUGAUGAGGAUGCUGCAGCUGUGCAAAGUCACCAGCGCUCUGUUCAUAAGCAACGCGCGCUCGGCCUGCAGCGACGAGCUCAUCCAGCAGGAGGCGGUGACGCUCUGCAUCAACGUGACCAAGCAGCAGCCGUUUCCCUGCAGCGCCAUCGCCAAGCUCCGGAUCCCCGUGUACGACGACCCCAACGAGGACCUGUACAGCCACUUCGACCGCUGCGCCGACGCCAUCCAGAAGGAGGCGAACCGCGGAGGCCGCAGCGUCGUGUACUGCAAGAACGGACGCAGCCGCUCGGCCACCGUUUGCAUCGCGUACCUGAUGAAGCACCGCAAACUGACGCUCGCCGAGGCCUUGCUAGUGAGGAGCUCUUACACCGGACACACUGGUGCCAGGAAACGCGUCAGCUGAAAGUGAAGACGGCUCGCCAUGUGAUCGAUCCCAACCCCGGCUUCAUGUCCCAGCUGAAGAGAUACGAGGACGAGCUGAAGAGACGUCGGGGACGCUCGUCGUCUUCGUCCAGAGGCAAAAACUGAAUGGACAGGUGAAGCUCCUCCCACUCAGUCCUCCUCCUCCACCGCUUCAUCACGGUUUGACCGCGUUUUCACCUGAGUCUUAAAAAGUCUUAAUCAAAGCCGGGUUUCUGUUCGUUGAAAAGAAUCGCCCACUGACGGGGAAGGUUUAAUGGUUUAACCUGGAGAUUCUGAAGACGUUUGAUGUCAGGUAGGAGAGAAGGUUCAUGUCAUUUACACUAGCCAGAUGUUUCUAGAGGCUCUUCAAGGACUAGUCACAUAUUUCCAGAUUCCUCUCCGAACAGCGUUCAUCAGCAUUGUCUUAGAAAUAAUCUAGGGACCUCCUUACUGGCCCCUGACCCCAGGUAGUUGCCUUUCUUGCAUCUCUGAUAAUAACUGAAGUAGUGGAUAACUCUGUCGCCCUCUGCUGGCAACUAGAAGUAAUUACAUAAACCCGUAGACGUAUGUGCAUUCUGUUCUAACUCUGGAAAGACUGAGGUUCAUGUUUAGAAGUAUUUUCAACUAAACAGGGAAUUAUCUUCUCCUCCAAAACAAUAGUCCAUUAACUGCUCACUCACAUAACCAGUGGAAGGAAACACGUCUGCCCUCACUCCCUAGCAAUAAGUUUCUUUUUCUCCUUCAUACUCAUACUAGUUUGUUGAUUUCUAAGAUAAACUGAUAAGACAACAGAUUUAAAACUCAAAUACUAGACAGUAAAACUGUCAUUUAUGCUUGAAAGCCUUGUAGUAUAGCCUUAACUAUACAAAUAAAUGCAGUAGUAGAGAGUUUAGUGUUUAACGUUAGUGUUUUCUGAAUAUAACGACGGUUUCAUGGUGUGGUUUCAAAGCUCUUUAGAGAUUCAAUGAAAUACAGCAGUAUUGUAGACGUAACAUCAGGUAGAAGAAUCCUUGUGUGUGUCUAUGUUAACACACAGAGCAAUAGUUUAUAACAUGACAACAAGGAGGACAAACACCAGAAAAUCUAUUUAUCACAAACUUGUCAUACAUGGCUGCACUUUAUCUUCAGGAGGCCAUAGUUAAUCGUUAUCUUCAUCAUGGAUUCAUCCAGAGACUGAUCAGAUCAGUGUUUAGAUCAGAAUUAGCUUCUGGUGUCUUUUUUAAGUUUUCCUGCUCUUCUGGAGUUCGUCUCAUCUUCUCUUUAAACGUCACAGAGGAGACUGAGGCUUGAGGAACGUUCACGUCUUCUCUGAAGAUUCCAAGUUUAUCAGCUCUCACUUUUCUUUGUAACAAUAAGAGUUAAUGUAAUUCUGAGACAUUUUCAAAAAUCAAAGUUUUGCACAUGCCUCAAAAACUCCUUUAAUAUUCAAUUAUAAAUAAUUAAAUCUCUGAAAAGAGCACUAGCUUUUCAGUUCAACACUUCUACAUUUAAAAGAAACCUGUUGUUGACGAAUAGUUGAUGAUGGAGACCGAUGUGAACAUGGUUAUUAAUGGUUAUUAAUGUCCUCUAUCUGUAGAGUCAGUCUAAAUCCUUUAACUAACUACUUGUCAGACUUUACCUGAAUUCACACCUUCUCUCACCUAAACCUCCUCGUCUCCGUCUCGAUUUGUCUGUGACUGCAGUUCCACCUUUUACCUCUAAGUGGCAGCAUUUCAUCAUUUAAAAAAAAAAAAAAAAGUCAGGUUCAAUAAAACCUCCACACAAACUCAGGCUCAUUAUAAAAUCAGAUUUAUCUCACGGCCGUCUGACCCUUGAAAAACACGAUGCAGCUUCUGACUGAAAAAUUCAGUCCCAGCAACAAAAAGCACAAAGAUUUUCUUUCAAUUCCUUCGUCAGUGGGAAAGUAGAAAGUCAAACAUGGAUGUUUCACCUUCAGUCUCAGCUCCGUAUCUGUGGCUCUCACCAGUUUCCAAAGAACAUUAGUCCGUCCUGUACUUUCUUCCUUUCUCCACUCCCUUCGUUGUUUCCUGAGUAAAUACUUUCAUGUUUAGCUGUUUUACACCUGCACAUAAUUUAUUUAACAGUGGAAACAAGAUGUGAAAAACGGCUGAGUGGCAUUUAUUUACUUUUGUUGAACUUAAAACUUCAGGAAAAAGAAAAUUAGUCAAAUGCAGCUGAAAAUGUUAAAAGUCUUAAUAGAAAUAUUUAAAUAUAAUUAUUAGAUCCUGGAUUCAACACUUACUGAAUUGUAAAUGCUUUUUUAAAUGAUUGUACAGAAUUCAUCGUGUGUCCUAAAAACGACUCAGGUCAACAUGCAGGGACACAUUAAAACACUCAGUUCAAGCACAUGAGACUAAUCGUCUCUGCAGGAAAAGGAAAAAGCGGAUUUCAGGGAGAUGUUACCGUCCUGACUUUCUCAAGAUUCAUUAAACAAUAAUAUUAUUUCACUUUAAACUGUCAUUAACUGGAACUUCACAUGACUGUUAAUCUCAGGUGUGUCCUGCUUGUGUUGUGGUGCUGUCGUGUGAAUCUAAAAGCAAUACUUUUAAUUCUAGACGUCAUUUAAUUAAACCACCUCAGAUCCCAGUUUGUGCUUUAAUGAAAACGGUUCCGUGUGCAAACAGACUUUGAAUUUAACAGGAGCUUCAGCCUUCAACGUAUUUCCUUCCAGAAUGUGAUUUAUGUCCCUUUAAGACUGUACACGACUGUGAAAACGGAAAUAAAUCUCUUUGCAUUCA